AAACAAUUACUGUUCAUUCCCGAAGCAGGCACCUUAACAAAAUACCUCCACAAAUCACUAGCGGUGCACCGUUUUUCAGAAGGGAAGAAAAAACGACUUCCACAGUUCAAACUUCAAACAAGAAUUCUCAGACGUUUCCGAGAGAGAUGGGGAAGGAAGGGAUAAGCAACAAGCAGGUUAUACUGAAAGACUAUGUCGCCGCCGGAUAUCCAAAAGAGUCCGACAUGGAACUACGAACCGUCACUCUCGCGCACCUAAAAGUUCCCCAAGGUUCAAACGCCUUGCUGGUCAAAAAUCUCUAUCUUUCCUGCGAUCCCUACAUGCGCAAUCGCAUGAGCAAAUCCCAGGGAAGCUAUGUCGAGUCCUUCACUCCUGGAUCGCCGAUUGUGGGAUAUGGAGUGGCAAGAGUUCUGGAUUCUGAUAAUUCCAAUUUCAAGGAAGGUGACUUAGUUUGGGGAUUAACUGGGUGGGAAGAGUACAGCUUAAUCACUUCUACACAGUCUCUCUUCAAGAUUCAACAUACUGAUGUCCCUCUUUCUUACUACACCGGACUGCUUGGUAUGCCCGGGAUGACUGCUUAUGCAGGAUUUUAUGAGGUUUGCUCUCCCAAAAAAGGGGACACAGUGUAUGUUUCGGCCGCAUCGGGUGCUGUUGGUCAGCUUGUUGGCCAAUUUGCCAAGCUCUUGGGUUGCUAUGUUGUUGGUAGUGCUGGUACAAAAGAAAAGGUGGACCUGUUGAAGAACAAAUUUGGGUUUGAUGAGGCUUUCAACUACAAAGAGGAGCAAGACUUGGUUGCUGCUUUGAAAAGGUUGUGAUAGAAGAUCCCAUUCAAAUGAAUCAUUCCUUGUCUAGAACUGUUAUUCUUAUAAUUCUGUAUUUAUUACCUUGUUCUUUUUUUCAUGUUUACCAGAUUCUUCCCCAAUGGAAUUGACAUUUACUUUGAGAAUGUUGGGGGGAAGAUGCUAGAUGCAGUGCUUCUUAACAUGAACCUCCAUGGGCGGAUCGCUGUGUGUGGGAUGAUAUCACAAUACAAUCUUGAAAAGCCUGAAGGUGUGAACAACUUAUUCUGUCUUAUUAGUAAACGAAUCCGCAUGCAAGGGUUUCUGGUGUUCGAUUACUACCACCUCUAUCCCAAAUUUCUUGAGAUGAUCCUGCCAUGCAUAAAGGAAGGGAAGGUCACUUAUGUGGAGGAUGUUGCCAAGGGACUUGAAAGUGCUCCGGCUGCUUUGGUCGGCAUUUUCUCUGGUCGGAAUGUUGGGAAGCAGUUGGUUGCCAUUUCCCACGAAUAGUUGUCGUUAUUUUCCAUGCCUAUCUUCAUACAAACAUAUGCUACUUUACUCAAUUAAUUAACCUUACUAAUAAAUGAAGCAUGUGUUUUGCUAUUAUAGAUUUUUUUGGGGGGGUGCUUCGGAAAUUAGAAUGAAGCUAUAGCAUAU